GCUACGUACAGUCACUUCUAAUCAUUCCGAAGAAGACUUGAGUUGGGGAGGAAGCUAAGCAGCGCGGCUUAAGCCUGACGGCAUCUGUCAGGUCGUAAAGUAGCCUCCGCCUGUCUGACAGUUUGUCGAACCGUAGUUUCUACCAUGCUGUCGUCACAAGCACGCAAUUUAUAAAGGUUAGCCUAUGGUAACUGUAGUGUUUAUCGUUAGAUCUUUACAAAGAACGCGUUUAUUAACUGCAAUCCGGAUUGUAUAAAAGGGGCGUUCUGCUUGCAGGAUCCUUACUUUUCCUCCGUCCACUGCAAUCAUGAGAGGUGCAAUGUCUGUGACUUUCAGAGUACACUUAUGUUUUUUCCUGCUGAGCUUGUAUGUUCUCAAGGGACAGAGUCGAUACCUGGAGGAGCACGAGAUUACUCCAGAACGAGUAUUAUCUCUACUGAACUCGGAACUCAAAAGGGAAUUGUCUGACGAAUUUGUUUACCGUCGACCUUUACGAUGCCUGGACAUGCUGGUCGUGGAGGGACAGUUCACUUUCAUGGCCGACCGGCCGCAGCUCAGCUGCGCUGCCUUCUUCAUCGGCGAGCCCAAUGAGCUGAUCAGCAUCCAGUAUGACGCCGCCAACAUUGACUGUGCGGGUGGGGAUUUCAUAAAGAUAUUUGACGGCUGGGUCCUUAAAGGAGAGAAGUUUCCCAGUUCCCAAGACCACCCUUACCCUCUCUAUGAGCGCUACGUGGACUACUGCACAACUGGCUCCUCCCGGAGAGUGAUCCGCUCCUCUCAGAACGUGGCCAUGAUCUUCUUCCGCAUACACAGUGCUGGGAGCGGAUUCACCAUUACAGUGACCAAACUCAUCAACCCCUUUCCUUGCAAUGUUAUUUCCCAGACCCCAGAGGGCAGCUUCACAAUGGUGAUCCCCCAGCAACACAAGAACUGUAGCUUCUCCAUCAUAUACCCUGUCGAGAUCCAGAUAGCUGAGCUCAGCCUGGGAAACCUAAAUGAUGUCUCUCUGAAGAGGUCUCCCUGGGGGUGUGCGGGAACUGGGGACUUUGUGGAGCUUCUCAGGGGCAACGGCAUGGAUACCUCCAAAAUGGUUCCUGUGGCUGAUCUCUGCUACUCCUUCAGUGGGCCUGCUCAAAUGAAGAUUGGAUGCGAUAACACUGUGUUGAGAAUGGUGUCCAGCGGGAAAUUCGUCAACCGUGUCACUUUUCAGUACCGUCUUCUGCAUCAACACGAACUUGAGAAGCUCAGAGGAAACAACCUGGAGGACUUCUGUGAUAUGGAAUAAUUUUUUUUUUGGUUUACCAAGGAGAUUCUCUGAACACCAAAUAAGAAUGUGACUGAAGUGGGGAUACAAAAUUAUGUUGAGAAACAUAUUUAUUUAUUGCUGUUACUUAUUUCUUUGGCUUUCAUUUUCUGCUAUGUAAAUUAUCUGAUGUAGGCUCAAUAAAAUAUUAUUUUGGUUCUGUCUGCAUUAUAA